AUGUGGUGUCGUAGAGCAGUGACAUCGAUUCCGAAGGCGCGGUCCAGAUUCAUCAAAUCUCGUCUUCGGGACUGCUACUCCAGUAACCGCUUCUUUUCUAGUUAUAAUGGUUUAUACGCGGUGAGGCCGUUUAUGCUAGCAGAUAUUGGCGAGGGUAUCAAGGAAUGUGAAGUUAUUCAAUGGUUUGUCGAGCCAGGUGCUACGAUUGAAGAGUUUGAUCCCAUUUGUGAGGUCCAGUCUGACAAAGCUUCAGUGGAGAUCACUUCGCGAUUCAGUGGGGUCAUCAAACAGUUACACUACGAGGUUGGUGAAAUGGCGCUUGUCGGAAAACCAUUAAUCGAUAUUGAUGUGGUUGAUGGUGACGAACCAGCUGUUGCUGCUGCUGCCUCUACUCCCACCUCAAGUGCUUCAAGUGCCAAUUCUGCUCCUGCAUCCACUGGUACUACUGGUGCUGAUACAAUAAACCCAAGUUCAGGGUUUAGCACAUCAGCACCAACUAGUAACUCACCUCAAGUAAAUACCUCGUCAGGAAACUCAGCAGCGCCUGCAUUUGUGCCCUUUGAUCCUAGUUUAGCUACAGAGACGUUGGCUACACCUGCUGUUCGAAGAAUCUGCCGAGAACUGGGCUUUUCAGUCAGCGAUAUAAAAGGAUCAGGAAAAGAUGGUCGAGUAUUAAAAGAGGAUGUGUUAAACCAUUCGAAGACUUCUGUUCAAUCAGGACAACAGCAACAACAAACUCAAGAAGGUGCUACUGCCUCAGCUAUUCCAAGCAGUAUUACUAAUACAACUUUACACCCACUGACACCUAUUCAAAAGCAAAUGUUCAAGACCAUGACCAACUCACUUACUAUCCCACACUUUUUAUACACCGAUGAAGUCGAGAUCGACCGUCUCAGUGCACUUCGUAAGAGUAUCAACGAGGAUUUGAUUAAACACCCCACCACACCUAUCAAACUCUCAUUCAUGCCUUUUUUCAUUAAAGCACUUUCUCUAGCACUAACAGAAUACCCUAUUUUGAACGCACAAGUGGUCAUUGACGAAAAAACGUCGCAGCCAGCGUUGCUGUACAGAGAAUCCCACAACAUCGGAGUGGCUAUGGACACUCCUAGCGGUCUCAUUGUCCCCAACAUCAAAAACGUCAAUAACCUCUCCAUCAUACAAAUUGGCCAAGAGCUGACUCGAUUACAGCAGCUUGGGGCCAGCGGCAAACUGACGUCUGCCGAUAUCAAAGACGGUACCAUCACGCUCUCCAACAUUGGCACUGUAGGUGGAACCUAUGUCGCACCUGUCAUUGUCGGCAGCGAGGUUGCAAUUGGAGGACUUGGCAAGUCACACGUAGUUCCACGCUACGACGCAAAACAAAACCUGGUGCCACGGACCAUCAUCAACUCGAGCUGGAGCGGGGACCACCGGGUCAUCGACGGAGUCACCAUGGCUCGCAUGGUGGCCCGCUGGAAAGCGUACGUCGAGCAUCCCGAGAAAAUGCUCGUGUCUCUAAAAUAA